ACAUAGUCAAGAAAAAAAACAUAAAAUACUAAACGAGAACGUUACUAAUCGGGCAUCGAGUACCCUACCUCCAACUCCAAUCACUUAUCCAAACUAAAGUUAAAGAAAAAUGAGAUAGAGAAGGAAGGGACCAAAGGAACAUUGCUUGCUUGACGCGCACACAAGAAAACACAAAAUACCGAGUCAGCGGCGGGCAACCCAUUGCCCAUUGCCACGAAUUCAAACUUCAACUACUUUCAAUGACGGCCUCACGAGAGCCACUCCCAUCUUCAUCUUCAUCAACUUACUUACCUCCAAAUGAUUCACUACCUAAACGCUUCAAGGUCUUGUGGCGGAUUCUAUUGAUUUCCAAUUUCGCGCUUUCAGCCUACAUGUUUGCAAGUGCAAGGAAGAGACAUUUUAAUGAGCUGGAGAAUGACCAGGUAGAAAAACAAAGUGAUAGUGAAAUUAUUACAGAAAUCCCUUCAACAAUUAUGGUGGAUACGACUGGCAUAGUUACUGAGAACGUGUUGGAAGAUCAGCAGCAAGAACCAAACCAAGGGGUGGUUAGUGGUUGGAGAGAAAAGUUAGGUUUUAGUAGAAAAAUGAAUUGAUAGUGAGAUGUUGAUUCUUUAAACAGUUCAUUCUCUCAUAACCGGUUAAAGCUCAUUCAGGUAAAUAUGGUUGGUUGCUGCAGAAUUUUCUUUAAGACUAUUUUGUAGGUAAAUGAUUUAUUGCGGUAGAUUUGUUUGCUUGUAAUAUAAUUCUAAGAAUGUUAGCUCAUAUAAUGUUCAUUUUUUUUGUUGGUAAGUUUUAUUAUUAUUAUUUAAGAAGUCGAACUUCUGAGGCCGUUGAUAAUGA